AUGAGUUCGAAUGAGUUUAAUGGCACAAUUCCAGCACAAGUUUUCCAGUUGAAGAAUCUGCAAUUUCUUGAUUUAUCUUAUAAUUCACUGAAGGAUGGUUUAAGUAGUGAAGUUGGCAAGCUUGGAAAUUUGAAGACUCUAAAGUUGGAAGAGAAUCGGCUUGAUGGAUAUGUUCCUGAGCAGAUUGGAAAUCUGACAAAGUUGCAACACUUUUCUAUCAAUUACAACAAAUUUUCGGGGCGUAUUCCAGAUUCAAUAGGGUAUUUGAAGGGAUUGGAAAGAUUAUACAUGAGCGAAAACAGUUUCAGUGGUUUUAUACCUCCAUCAAUAAACAUUCCUGAAUGGAUUUUCUGCGACUGUAAUUUAACAGGAAUAUUUCCUAUAUGGCUUGCAGAAAUGGAAGUUAAAAGUGUACUUCUGUCGCGUAACAAGCUUACUGGUUCAAUAACAUCUCGCCUAUUUCAAUCUGCGAGUUUAUCCAUUUUGGCUCUUUCAAAAAACAAUUAUUCAGGAGAGUUGCCAGAAAAUAUAGGUGAUGCUAAUAACAUCAAGGUACUUAUGUUGUCUGCAAACAGUUUUUCCGGGGUCAUUCCAAGAUCCAUUGCUGAUAUCCCUCAACUAAUGCUAUUAGACUUGUCAAGAAACAAAUUGUCUGGAAACACAUUCCCAGAUUUUGAUCCUGCAGAUUGCUCACUCUUUUAUGUUGAUUUGUCCUCUAAUGAACUUUCAGGCGACAUUCCUGUGUCAUUUUGCGGAGGAACCAGUAUUCUUGCACUGGGGGGAUAUAAGUUUUCUGGUAUGUUGCCUAGGAACCUAACAAAUAUGAUAAUGCUUGAAUAUCUUGAUCUCCAUGACAACAACAUUACAGAUCUCUCAAUUAACAAUCUUGUUGGAAUUGGAAAUGUCCCAUCGGAGUUGGAAAAUCUAUUUGGAGGUUGGGCUUUAUAUGUAAGUGGACCUGAUAUUGAUAAUGAAAUGGAGCUGAGCUGGACUGAGGGCGCGAUUAGAUCCUACAUGGGCAUGUUUACUUUUACACUAGAAAUCAAUGACCUUACAGUGAACUGGAAGAAUGCUAUACAAGGUCUCUCAAGUCAUAACCAACAGUUCUAUUCUUUGCUAGACUUGUCGAAGAAUAAGCUCUCUGGUAAUAUUCCAGCUUCAUUAGGAAAGCUCAAGUAUCUAAAGCUACUCAUUUCAACACAAAAAAAAAAAAAAAUGGUUAUCAUGCUCUCUUUAGAUACCCUUCUUUCACUAGGUCCAAAUGGUUAUCAUGCUCUCUUUAUUAGCAAUUCAAGGUUGGCAUGUUUGAUGCAAUGA